GAUGGAACAUUACCACUCAAUUCUUCAGCAAGACGCUCAGCACUGUCCUUGAGUCCGUGGACUGCAGCUGUAAUGUAUGCUAGGGGCAGAUGACCAGAAAUCUCCAAAAUCUUAACACGCUCACGAACAUCACCAAGAUAAAGGAAAGAGAGCCUCUUAAAGUUCAUCGUCUUCUGGUAGGCAUAUUCAACAAUACCUGCAUUAACCUGCCUAAGGGGCAAGGGCCUCCACCCCAAGCCUAUACCAGUGAUCUUUCUGAUCAAUCUUCUUAGCAGAUUCAAGAGCUAUCUCAAUGUUCCCACUUUCAAGGAUAAGUUGAAACUUGAAACAAAUCGGACUCUUUCAUGGAUCCGAAUGUUCCUCCUGGGCCUGAUGAUCACCCAGGGCCCGCUGUUCACCCGGGGCCCGCUGAUAGAUCAAUAUUGUCUUUGCAAGACAAUCAUAGGUCAGAGUUAUUAUGGGCCGGUACUAUAGGGAUAUCUACUAGGUUCCGUCCCCGUAGGCUGCAGAGAGCGUGGGCUCUUUUACGCGAGCACCCCCCACACCCUCGCGUGUUGGAGAUAUUAUUUCGGGGCGGCAUCUACCGUUGCGUGUCCGUUGGUCGGGUACAGCAUGAUUGAGCGCUCAUCACGGCAAUGGUUGAGCGGUGGAGGCCAGAGACACAUACCUUCUAUCUUCGCACUGGUGAGGCCACGAUUACACUUCAGGAUGUCGAGGUCCUCUUAGGAUUGCGGGUUGAUGGAGAGCCACUGUACACUCGGUACGAGCCUCCUCCUGGUCAGACGUGGGUGACAGAGUUGACUAGGCUCACCCACUUCAUGCCUGAUGCCGCGGCCCAGAUAUCGGGACAGAGUCGGGUUCAGCUUAGUGCACUCUGCACUUAUUUGGAGGGUCUGUAUCCGGUUGACGACGGCACCCCGCAGGACGAUGUUGAUCGUCAUGCUCGUUUGUACCUGCUUAUUAUAUUCGGGGGCAUCUUGUUCCCAAAUUCAUCGGGUGCCUUUGUCAGUUUACGUUACUUGGUUUUCUUGGAGCAUCUGGACCGCUUGGGAGACUACAGCUGGGGCGGUGCUGUUUUGGCGUAUCUUUACAGAUGCCUGUGCCGAGCAUCUAUUGGUGCUGUCAGAGAUGUGUGUGCAUUUUUUGCUCUUCUCCAGUUAUGGGCGUGAGAGAGGAUGCUGUCUUUUCAGACCGUACCUAGGCAUCACCUCGAGAUUGACAUGCCUUAUGCGAGGAGGUGGACAACGGGUUUUGACCAGGAUGUCGAUACGCACCACAGUAUUCUUCCAUUCCGGGACCAGCUUGAUCACAUGACGGACGAUCGGGCUGCCGUUGAUGAUGAUUUUCUGGCUUUCAUGGCUGUCCAGCUCCACCGUUGGGAGAACAGGUUGGGCACUUUAGCGGUGGUCGGCCAUUUGACUCCCAUUGAGCAUUACAUACGCUGGUAUUAUCAGAUCACACGCCGAUUGAUCGGCAACCCCGCUUUGCGUCCCCCUUGGGAUGUAGGAUAUUCAGCACUCGCGGGGCAGUACAAGGCAUUGGUAAGUUUACCGUGUUUAGAUUUAUCUAAUUUCAUUAAUUGUUACGUUUUAAAAAUAAACAUUUUUUGUUUCUGUUAAACACAACUGCAAUUGGUGGCCGUACAACGUUUACGCAUCUUGGGGUUAGAGCAUAUGCCUUACCCUGGGCUUGCGGGGCUUGCCGCGUAGAUGGUUAGGAUUUCCGAGGAUGGUAUCUGCCAGGCAGGCGAGAUUAGGCGCGUGGCGGAGCCUUUUCCGAAGGCUGAGUAUCAGGCAGCACCGGGUGCUCCCUGAGGAGGAGGCCAUGCUGGCAGAGGACGCCGUGCUGCCGGAGGAUGCCGGGCGCGUAAAGGACGCAGCGCUGCUGCUAGAGGACCUGGUGGUGGAGGACUGGUAGAUGAGGCGGAUGAGGCCGAUCCCAUUCCAUAGGGCGUUCACGGUCUAGUCCAUCCGCAGCCAUUCCAGGCCGGUGGCAGCUCACCUGGGGACUCACCUACGUUUACGCCGGUGCUCUUACUUGCUGAGAUACCCGGGUCUUCAUCACAACCGAGUCAGAAUGCAUACAUGGAGGAGCGUGAUAACGUUGAUUGGGCGGCAUUACGCGCUUCAUUAGUUGAUGAGCGGCCUGUGAGGAAUUUAGAGGGAGUCCGGAUUCUUGACUUCGAUGAGUUUUUUAUCCCGGAUUCGGCGUCAGCGGGUCCACCAGAGCCACCCACUCAGGCAUUUUCUCAUAGGCCUACCGAGCCAGCGAUGUCUUCCCAUGUGACUGUCGAUCCACAUGAUUCGGCGCCAGUGGGUCCACAGGAGCUGCCCAUUCCGGAGCAUUCUCAUCAGCCUGCCGAGGCAGAGGUGUCUUCUCAUGAGACUACCGAGGCGCAUCAUCUCGUCCAGGAGACUACCUCAUAUUCACCAUCACACCCAUCUCAGGAGCCUAGAGACCCAUCUCAGGAGCCUUCUCAGGCGCCCGUUGACACACAGGUUCAUCCUUCGGCGCCUGCGGUGGCGACUCCCGACGAGGAAGAGGUCGAGUUUCCAGACCCAGCUCAGCCUGAGGUUCUGAGUGUGCCAGCGGGACAAGAUCCCAAGAAGAAGCACGUUCUAGUUAAGGGCGCAAGGGCUAGGGGAAAAGGAGAUGAUCAUGACUUGGAGCGCCCGGUUAUUAAGAGGAAAAAGGGCGACACGGAGACGAUGGCGAGGGCGGUGGGGAUGGUAUGAGCCUUAGGCCUAGGGAUAGUCUCCGACAUACUACAUGUGGGACCCAUCCUAGAUAGUGUAUAUACAUUAGUGUUGUACAAUUUAUCGUAAAUAUUAUACAUUUUUUGCAUAUUUAUAAA